GCCCGGUCUCCCCGCCGGGCUCGGUGGGAGGGUCGAGGAUGGCCGGGGGGGAAGGAGCGGGCUCCGGGGUACCGGAGUGCCGGGAGCAUCUCUUCAAGGUGCUGGUGAUCGGGGAACUGGGUGUGGGUAAAACUAGUAUCAUCAAGAGAUACGUGCACCAGCUUUUCUCACAGCACUACCGGGCCACCAUCGGGGUGGAUUUUGCACUUAAAGUCAUCAACUGGGACAGCAAGAACCUGGUCCGGCUGCAGCUCUGGGAUAUAGCAGGCCAGGAGCGCUUUGGAAACAUGACCAGAGUAUACUACAAAGAGGCAGUUGGUGCUUUUGUCGUCUUUGAUGUCACAAGAGGCUCCACUUUCGAGGCUGUUUCAAAAUGGAAGCAUGAUUUGGACAGUAAAGUACUACUUCCCAAUGGCAGCCCCAUCCCUGCUGUUCUUCUUGCAAACAAGUGUGACCAGAAGAAAGAUGGCAACCAGAAUCCCUCUCAAAUGGACCAGUUCUGCAGAGAAGGUGGCUUUGUUGGAUGGUUUGAAACAUCUGCCAAGGACAACAUCAACAUAGAUGAAGCUGCUAGAUUCUUGGUGGAAAACAUCCUUGCCAACUACAAAACCUUUCCUAAUGAAGAGAAUGAUGUGGGGAGACCAAAAUUGGACCUAGACCCAUUGAAAGCAGAGAGUAAAUCACAGUGCUGCUAAUGCUACCACUGUUCAGUAAACAUGAUGGGAUGAGCAGCAAGACUGUUCCUUAAAUCAAACUGCUGCUAUGGUGCUGCGUUGUGACAAUCCAUGUGGGGUGUCUGUUAUUGUCUGAAUAGGUGAUUCCUGUGGGUGUUUACAUAUUCUUGUUUAGCGUGAAACUGAGUAUCUUGUGAGUUACCACUCACUUGAUUGAGUGGCUGCAUCUGAGUCUGAUUAGUGUCUUCUUACUUGAGAACAUAAGGUAGUGUUUACACUCCUAAAAAGGAACAAAGACAACAUUCAGUGUCUAGUUGGUUUCUGGGACAUAUGCUACAUUCCAAAUAGAACUCACUUGGUUUAGCCCAAUACACACUUGCACCUUU